ACAGGAUUACAUCAGGCGCCAGCUGGAGGAGGAGCAGAGACACCUGGAGAUGCUGCAGGAGCAGCUGCUGCGGGAACAGGCCAUGCUGCUGGAGUUCAAGUGGCGGGAGCUGGAGGAGCAGCGCAAGGCCGAGCGUCUCCACCAGCGGCUGCAGCAGGAGCAGGCCUACCUGCUGUCGCUGCAGCACCAACCCAACAAGACCAAGCCUCCACAGACCUCCACCCUGCCCCCUGACAGAGCCCUCCCCUCACCCCCUCACGCUCAGGUCCUCGACGCUGCUGUUCCCGUAGCAAAAGGCUCCUCUGAGUCCUCCAGAGAACUUGACACAAUCCCCUCAGACAAAUCCCAGAGCAACGACUCAGAUGAGACAUGUCCAAACCAGCUCUCAAACCCCCCCACCCCCUAUCAGACUGAACUCCCUGACUCUGAACCUCCCCAGGCAGAAAGUCUGGAGCCCGAUAGGCCGGUCAUUCCUCCUCCUCCUCAGCCAAUCAGAGAGGCAGACGAGAGGUACCGUAAGAACAUUCAGGGCUCCCCUCAGGUCGCCCCCCCUCCCAAGCAGCCCCCUCUGCCUCCCCGAUCCUCUGAACCUUUCUCCAACGGCGGCCCCUCCGCCUCCGAGGCCGUGGCCAUGCAACGACCCAUGGAGCCUCAGGUCCAGUGGUCCCACCUGGCUGCGUUAAAAAGCAGCAUCAGCGCUGCCCCCUCUCCUCCUCUUCCUCCUCCUCCUCCGCCCGUGGUCUCUCGCUCGCAGUCCUUCAGCGAGCCCGCCGGCGUGAACUCUAGCUUUGCACAACUCCAGCUGCUCUCCCAGGACCCAUCGCCCGCACGCACUGACCCCCAGCCCCAACCUCCCCUCCACCACCCUCAGGGUCUUAGUAGGGCCGAACCCCAGGUCAGCGGAGAGGAAGUUCCUCCCAAGGUAAGGAGCUGA